AUGGGUUUUCCCUCGUACACGGCGUCCAAUGCCGUCAUCUACGUCACUUAUGCCCUGUUUCUACUGAUGGGAACCGGCAUUGCUUGGAAGAUGAGAAAUCAGUCAAAGGCCGAUUUCCUUUCAGGAAAUGGAACUCAGACGGCCUUCCCCUUGGCCCUCAACUUCAUCGCCUCCGCUCUCGGAUCCGGUAUUCUCUUCUCGUAUCCUGAGCUGGCCACCAUUUCUGGUGUCCAGGGCAUGAUCGUCUACGCUCUUGCGUCGUCGCUGCCCAUGCUCAUCUUUGGAUACCUUGGCCCUAUCAUCCGACGACGAUGCCCUGAGGGUUUCGUCCUCACCGAGUGGACUCGCCAGCGAUACGGUGUUAUCACUAUGCUGUAUCUGAGCUUCAUGUCUCUUGUGACCUUGUUCUUGUACAUGGUUGGUGAGCUGUCGGCUAUUGGACAGGUUGUUAAUGCCAUGACUGGCCUCAAGCCCCUUCCGGUUAUGAUUGUUCAGUGCGCUGUCACAACUAUCUAUACCUCCCUCGGCGGAUUCAGAAUCUCGUUCAUCACCGAUGUUGCCCAGGGUACCAUGGUUAUCGGUCUCGUCAUUAUCGCCGCCAUCACCAUUGGCGCGAAGACAGAGAUUCAGCGACCUCUCAUCGAGGAGUCUGGUCUCACCAAAUCCAACCUCCUCGGCUGGCAGCUUCUGUACAUCCUCCCCGUUGCCGUCUUGACCAACGACUUCUUCCUCUCCUCCUUCUGGCUCCGAACCUUCGCCUCCAAGACUGACAAGGAUCUUCGAAUCGGUACCACCAUCGCCACUAUCGUCAUUCUGUGCAUCCUCACUCUUGUUGGUUCCACUGGUCUCAUCGCCGUUUGGUCCGGGGCUCUGUCUCUCAAGGAUGCUGCUGGUUCUGGAUCAGUCGCCUUUUUCGUGCUCCUCGAGACCCUUCCUAGCUGGGUUGUUGGCAUUGUGCUCGUCAUGGUCGUCACCAUGAGCACAGCUGCCUUUGACAGUCUUCAGUCUGCUAUGGUCUCCUCCGGCUCCAACGAUCUCUUCCGCAACAAGCUCAACAUCUGGUACAUCCGUGCCUUUGUCGUUCUCAUCAUCAUCCCCGUCAUCGUCAUCGCUCUCAAGGCCCCCUCCGUUCUUCAGAUCUGGCUCAUCACCGAUCUCAUCUCCGCUGCUACAAUUCCCGUCCUGGUGAUCGGUCUCGUCGACAAGUUCUACUGGUGGCGUGGCUUUGAGGUCGUUGUCGGUGGUCUCGGAGGUAUCCUGACUGUCUUCAUCUUUGGAUGCAUCUACUACGGCAACGCUCAGGAGGCCGGUGAGCUUCUCCUUGUGCAGAAGGGUCUCUACGGCAAUGACUGGAGUGCCUUUGGCGCUUUCGUCGCUGCCCCUGUCGGAAGUCUUCUCUGGGGCUGUGGUGCUCUUGCCCUCCGUCUUUCUUACCAGUACAUGUCUGCUAAGAUCCGAGGACAUCGCUUUGAUGCUCUUGAUCGCCCCGUGGACCUUCGUCCUUCAAGCACGGAGGAGGAUGUCCCCACUGAGAACCUCGUUUCUUCGACACCUGGCAAGUUCUUUUAA